UGUACUGUCAGAACUUCGCCCCUCACUUUAAGGAGAGCGAGAUGACGUCAUCGCGGCGGACAUGUGCAACCAACGCCCGGCGGGUCCGUAAACGCUGGCUCCCAAAGAUCCAGUCCCUGCUCCCCGACAGCCUCCCCCCCCACCCCACCUCCCCCGCAGGGCCCGGAGGGGGGGAGGUCCGGGGGGAGAGAGGGGGGAGGGGGUCUCCAUGGAGCUGGACCUCCGGCAGCUCUCCUCUUCCUGCUCCUCCUCAUCCUCACAUCCCUCGCCGCAGCCUGCAGAGCCCGCCCUCCUCACAUGGGAUUGGCCGACACAGAAGAGAGGGGGGCGGAGCCUCUGGAAGAUAGCCAAUAAGUUUAUAUUGCAUGCCUACCUGUAUGUGCAAUACACAAUAGCUACCUGUCCCCACACCUGUCUGUCUGUCUGUCUGUUGUCGUGUCUGUGUCUGUCU